AUGUCCACACAAGAGCGUCGGACUUUAUUCCAUUGGUUUACUGGACCAUUAAACGAUUCGAUCCGUUCCUCCCUUUCCACGUACACAUCUGCGUACACCGAAGUGAUAAGUCUUUUUCACUCUGUUUUUGAGUUUGAUGGCAUUGACUCGAUAUCAGGAAUUGUGUUACUUGAAAGUCUUCCACCAGUAGAUAUUCCGUCCCAGCCUCUUCACAAGUCCAUAGACUUCUAUAAGACAUUAGUGAAGAUGACAAAACACUCGAUAGCUGCUUAUGGAUAUGACCACGACAAGGCAUACACUUUUAUUGAUUCAAAAGACUUUGAUGAGACUUUAAAGAACUCUUCACGGACUUCCAUACAAAUUGCAUACAUCUGUUCUCGUGCGGAAAUCUUCCCAAAUAUGGUCCUACACUAUAACUUCACACCAACACUGUUUUGUUGCGCCUAUUUCAUCGCGCUGGACCCUUCGAUCAACGCCCUUGUGUUGAGCAUUAGAGGGACUUUCUCGCUGAAUGAUAUAGUCAGCGACAUGAUCCUCUAUAACUCCGAAUUUUCAUAUCACGGCGAAGACGGUGUGGUCCAUUCAGGAAUCUACAAAACGGCUCUUGAGACGUUUAAAGACGCAAAAGACCACAUUGAAAAUGCUCUGAAGAACUACCCCAAUUUAAAGUUCUUGAUCACUGGACAUUCAUUAGGUGGAAGUGUCGCGCAAAUCAUAACACUUUUAAUUAAACAGUGGAGACCGGAAUGGGACAUCCACUGCUAUGCGAUAGCACCGGCUCCUAUAUUUGGAGAGAAUCUAGCCACAAAUGAAGAAGUCCGAAGUUUAAUUGAUUCUGUGAUUUUUGACUCCGAUAUGGUACCUUCCCUUUCAAUGGCGUCUUGUAAACAUUUAGUGGCAAGAAUGAAUAAAGUCCUCACACAAAUGGACUUCGAUUAUUUGUUGUUUAUAUCGAAAAUGGCUAAGGGAAUGUCAACGUCUCAAGCCGCUAAGGAAAUGGUCGAAGCAAAAGGAAUAGUCUUGGACGAUACUAUAGACACUUUCUUCUCACCAGGACCUUUGUGGCCGGUUGGGGAAGUCUGUUAUAUGAAAAGAGAAGGAGAUGGAAAAUUCUCGAUGAAUACCGCCGAGAAUAAAAGCUUCACAACUAUUCGAGUCUCAAACACUUUUCUCGCAGACCAUUUCCCACUCAAUUAUGUCAUAGUAACGACAAAGCUGUUGCAACAACUCACAGGGGAAAAAAUUGUGACAAAGAGAAAGGAGAGGUUUGUGCAAGCACUUGAAAUGUGUUAG